AUGAUAAUUAAAGCAUAAUUUAACCUUGCUUUUUAUUAUUAUAAAAUUACUUAUUCAAAAAAUUUAGAAUAAAUAAUUUACAUAUUAUAAAAAAUGAUAAAAGAAAAAGAUGUAAAUUAAUAAAAUGUAUCUGUAAUUAGUGACUCUGACCUUAUAUUUUCAAUAACACCUGCUUAAUAAAAAUAUAAUAUCAACGAUAUCACAAAUACAUUCGAUAUAAAUUUCAUUGAUGAAAUAUAAGAAGAUUAACUAAAGCAAAAGAGUAGAAGUUUAUUCGAUGAUGAUUGUAAAAUAAAAAUUGAUGAUUAUAUUGACGGGGCUUAAAACAGGAGAGCAUUAUUUAACACAACUGAGAAUUAUUUAAAAAGUCGCAGUGAUUCUGAAAUUUCUUCUCCAAAAAUGUUUGAAUAUAAAUAAAAAGAAAACAAAUGCUUUUAUAAUGUAAAUCCUGAAAAUAAAUAAAUGCUUCAAAACAAUAUUUAUCAAAUUUAAAAUGGAAAAAAAUAAUCUAAAACUAUAAUCUAGGAAUAGCUUGAUACUAAUUAAAGAGAAAUAACUGUUUAAAAUGAUCCCAAUUUAAAAGAUUAAUCAUUUUUUGAUAAUCUUGAUUUAUCUAUCAACUUGAAUAAUACUAAAGAAUAGCAGCUUCCUGAAAAUUUGGGUGAAGGUCUCAAUAAUCACACUCAAUCUCUAUUUAAAAAUGAUUAAAAUGAUGAUAAUUAAUUUAAUAAUUAAGAAGGUUAAUUAUUAUAAAAGUAAAAUUUAAAUUUCUAAAAAUUAUUUAAAAAAAGACAUUCUGAUUAUAAUUUCUAAAAUAACUAAAAUGAGUAAUCAAGUAUUCGUAUCACAUAAUCUCAUCAAUUCGAUCAUUUAAGUAAUUUAACUGGGAGCUAAAAAUUUUAUGCUGAAUGUAAAAAUAUUCCUAAUUUUUAUUCUAGUUUUAAAAGAAAUCCUCUCUAUAUGAAUAGUAAAUUUAUGUAAGAAGAUGCUGCUAAGAGUUCUUUCACAUAAAAAGCCCUUCAACGAUCUGGGAGUACAGAUAAAGGAAGAAUAAAUGGGGAUGAAGUUACUAUAGAUUAAAAGCAUAGGAUAAGUAAAGAACCCUGUUCUGCUAAUUUAUAAAAAAUAGAUAACACAAACAAAAGCAAUGCUAUAAAUAGCAAAGCCUACAAAAGCAUACAACUUUUACAUUUGACUAAUAGGUUCAUUGAUUUGCUCAAAAAGAAUUCAAGAGCUAUUCUAUUUAAACGACUAAAGCCAAAUCAUUUUAGAAUUAUAAAUGAUAAAUCUUAUGUCUAAAUUAAAGAUACAUUUAGAUAUAAUGAUGAAAUUCAAAACUACAAUUUUAAAAAAUCAUAUUCUGGUUUUAAUUUUCUAAACUUUAGUUAAAAAAACAAGUAAGAUAAAUUCAAUGAAAAAGAUCAUGUCAUAAAUAUCACUGAAAAUAUAUAUUUGAAGGGUUUAUAGUAAUAGCUGAUACACAUGGGAAUGCUAAUAAAUAAGCUACCAAUAAUUGCGCCUGAUAAUAGCCUUCUUUUAAUUUGGAAUCUAAUUAUGCUAAUUUCAAUAGUUAUUUUGUUAUUUUAUAUACCAAUAUAAUGCAGCUUCAAAAUAAUACAAAAUUCCCUUAUUUAAAAUAUUGGAAUUAUGCUGAUAGUCAUAGAUAUAAUAAUUAAAUCCAAUACAGGUUUCUUCAGAGAUGGACAAAUAAUUUUGUAAAGAACAAAAAUUCUAAUUGAAAUAUUUUCAUUUUAGCUUUGGUUUAGUUUAAUUAGCAUAUUCUCUUUGCUUUAGUCUAAUUAAAACGGUCUAUAACUACUCUUUCUAAUUAAUGUUUUAAGCAUACUAAAAUUAAUAGAAAAAUUAGAUUACCACUUUUAAUUUAAAUAAAAGUAUUUUAUUCAAUUCGAAAUUUUUAAGCUGAUAUUUAUCAUCCUGUUUCUUUCUUCCUCAUUAGGGUCUAUAUUUUACUUUAUCUCAGAAAGACAGGUAGAAAACGGAGAAAAGCAUGCUUGGAUCUUAACAAAGCCAAUUUAAACAUGGUAUGAUGGAUACAUUUUUAGUAUUUAUUUUAUGUUUAUAACGAUGUCAACAGUAGGGUAUGGAGAUCUAACUCCUUAAAAUUAGGCAGAAGUAAUUUUUGUUGGAUUUACAUCAAUUUCUUUCAGCUUUUUUUUCGCAUAUUGUAUAAAUUCAAUUGGUAAUAUGCUAACUGAUAUAGCUUAAAGAGAGUAAAACUAUAAAUAAAGGAAAAAAGAUGUUUUACAAUAUUUAAAUAGCAGAGGUAUUUCACGUAACCUGCAAACAAAAGUAAUGAGACAUUUGGAAUACUUGCAAAAUAUAGAAAAUUCUUAGUCUCAUAUUAAUUCUUAAGACAUAAUGAAAUACUUUUCUGAUAAUUUGAGGUUUGAAAUUAACAAAGAAUUUUUCGGGAAGUAGCUUAUUGAUAGUAAAGUAUUUGGACUUCAUUUCACUCAUCCUUUUUUAAAUACUCUAGCUUAGAGCAUGAAAGAAAUUACUUUAGCACCAGGAGAGAUUUUAUACUAAAAAAAUUAAAAUGAUAACAGAAUUCUUUUCCUAACUUCUGGUGAUCUUGAACUAUUUGAAAAAGAAGUUCAAUUGAGAAUUGUAAAAAAAGGAGAAAUACUAAAUUAUAGGGGUUUUUUUGGAAAUUAUUCACAUUCAAGCAGUGCAAGAAGUUUAACUAUUUCUCACCUUUCAUAUUGCACAUAAGAAGAUAUAAUAUAGGUACUGAAGACCUUUCCUUAAGACUAUGAGUCUUUUUGCUUUAUAAGAGAUGAAAUGAAACUUUAGAAUAAAACUAUAGAUUCUAAAUGUUGUUCAUGCUAGAGCUAUUCUCAUGUUUUUUAAGAAUGUCCUUUGAUUCUUUACAAGAUUAACAAAGAUAUUGUAAUAAAGAGAUGGAAUUAUUCAAAUCAUAAUGAAAGAUAAGAGUUUUAGAGGAAAAAAAAUAAAUUCAAAUCUUUUACUAAUAUUCAAUCUGUUAAAAAUAAGCUUAAACUGUAUAAAGUCAAUUUAAUAAGUAAUUUAGAGGAAUAUUCUUAUUUAUAAGGUAAUGAGUUAAUAGAGUAUCUAGAAGAUAAAGAAUUCUAUCAAAAUUUACCAUCUGUAAAAAUCAGUGAAGAUGGUAUGAUUUAUUAAUAAAGUGAUCAUACAAAUACGGAUAGCGAUAUGUCAGAAGAUGAAGAAUAAGUUUAGGAUUAAUUGCAAUAGUCACUAUAAUAACAACAAUAACAAAUUUUGUAAAACAAUUAAAUUGUAAAUCAAAGUAGCCUUUUACAAUCUCCAUAAACAAAGCAAUUCAGUAAGAAUGUUUCGUAACUGAGUAAUUAAAUGAAUUAAACCAGUGCUUUAAAGUAAGAUGAAGAAAUACUUACAGAUACUGAUAAAAAAUUUACUUUUUAAUAAAGCUUAGAUUAACAAAUGAAAUCUAGCUGUAUUACUUUUAACAAAAAUUAGGAUAUUAACUAAAAUUAAGCAAAUGCCCAAAAUAACUAAUAAAGUAAUUUGAUAAACCAAAUAGAAGGUUCUCAAUUAGAAAAUUAAAAAAAUUAAAGGGAAGAAAGUUAUUAUUAUGUUAAUAAAAAUUUAAUUUACUCUGAAUUAGAAUAAUAAAAUCAAGAGGGAAUUAUCCUUUAAAAAUAAUCUGAGUAAGGAAACAAUAAAAAUGAGACAAAUAAUAAUUUUAGACUUUUAGAUAAUAUAUUCUAAAAACAAGAAUCUAUACCAAUCAAUUAUAAUCCUAAUCCUUUAAGCAGCUUUUAAAAAUAAAACUCCUCUAAUUCUUCAAAUAAUUAAAGCAUGGUAAAAAAUUAGGCUAACUACGGCUAGCAGUAAACUUUAUAAUAAUAGUAACCGUAUCAACUCUCUUAGUAAAAUACACUAAAUAUCUCAUAAAAUGGUUACUCAAUUAAACCAAGCAAAAAAAAUUAUAAAAUAUAGUUUUGUAAAAUAAAUUCUUCAGAAUUAAGUGAAAAGUAAAAGUAACAAAAAUAUGUCAUUCAAAAUUAGGUAAACAAUUUAAAUAAUAAAAAUUAAAUUUGUUAAUAAUGUAAAAAUCAAAUGAUUGCUUCAAACUAAGUAACUACCACUCAUCUUAGUACAACAAACAGCAAAUAAAGUAAAGGAAAUUCACAAAAAGUAAAUAAAAUUCUACAAGAAUAGCAUAACUAGAUCAUAGAUCAAUAAGAAUUUCUCUAAAAACACUCAAGUAUUAUCUCAGAAAGAAAAGAUAAAAAUGGUUAAGAAAAGGUUGGUAAUGAUUAAAUUUUUUAAUUUGAUUUUGAUCAAAUGAAAGAAUAUUCUAAUUAUUAUCCUCAAAAUAAUUUCAAAAUUGUAAUAAAGUCGCUGCAGUAAUGUAUGAAAAAUUUGAGUAGAAUUGCUAGACUAAAUAAAAAAGCAGGUAAAAAAAGAAUUUCUAAGCCAGUCAAUCAAAAAAUGACAAAAUUGAAUUUCGAUACACCAAAAAUGAGUGCUAUGAAAUAAAUCAAAGAUUGA